UGGGGAAAUAUUUAUCUGUAUUUUGACUAACCAAGCGAGACGGGGAAUGAAGGGAACGAACACAUAUCAUCAUAUUGACACUACAUCGUUUGAGCGCAUACUGAAGGGCGGCGUUUGAAAGACAAAACAGAAGAAUGUUUAAAAGAGAUUUACAGAACGACCCACGUGGUCGCCGGGUGAACGGCACCCCUCAGAGCGACGUGAACGAGGACGACGACAGGUGGGAGGACCCUGAAAAACAGGAGAACGAGGAGGAAGAGGAAGCAGAACAGCGAUAUGAGGACCACUCCAACCUCAAACGCAACAAAGACUCACAUAUGGUUCCCGGAAACGACUACCGCCCCCAGAAGGCCACACUGUACCGCGUGUACAGGAACAACGACAAGCUGUUCAAAGGACUUCCGGUGUCGUACAGUCGGCAGCAAUUUCCGGUGAUCGAGUCAUUCACCACGUGGCUCAACCAGAAGAUCUCAACACCCACAGGUGUUCGAUAUUUGUUUUCCUGGCCUUCUGGAGUUGAAGUAAAAACAAACGAAGAUCUCGAUAAACUGGACUCUCGAAUUCUCGUCGUCUCUUCGGUGAAAACACUCAACAAAGACACCGAUUACGGAGACGCCCUGGCGAAUCCGGAGAACGCCGAAGUAGUGCACACGCACACGCGCAAGAAUCCACCACAGACCACGCCGGAGGAUCCCGAGCCGACUUCCGAAACGGACCGAUUCUUCACGAUCACGAGCAACUUGAAGCGAAAGAGUCACGGACUGUUCGUGAUAGAUCCCGAGUCGAGAGACACAUUCGCCGAUCUCAUGCGAGACAUCAUAACGAGGCUAGACAUACCUCGUCCACCAAUCAAAAGUCUGCAUUACGACAAACCGCCGUACACUAAGGUACUGAGUCUGCAUCAGCUACUCCGGGAUUUCCAGAACGGUGAUGGUUUUCUAGCAUGCGGCGAAGAGAUGACGCCCAGAGAACUCACCCAGAUAAAGUAAUUAAAAACAGAUAAACUGGCAACUAUUCUGUGAUGUGUGAACUUUCCAGUAUUUCGUUAACAAGAACAAAACUGUUUUAAUUCUCGGAUAUAUUAUUUAUAUCUUCAUCAAUACAUUUCUUGUCUGUGAUUAAACAUUCCAAGAACUCCGUGGACUGAUACUUGCACCAUUAUUUCUGAUACACAGAGACGGUGGAACCAGUGGUGUUUGGAAGUGGGCGAGUGAUAGGGGGCACCUGCCAUAGACCAGACACUCCCUUUCCUGUCCCCCGAAAUGUUGGCUGGCUUACAUCAGUGAUUAUUCAUAGUAAAACAUGAUCAGGUGCCUAAUUCACAAAUAUCUCUUAGGCUCUGCUAGACAACAAAGCAUCCUCAUUGCAAGUCGUUUAGCAUUGCACUGCGAGAUCGCAAAGUUGCGAGAGUUUAGUGAAUUAGACCCCAGGUUGCUAUCCCCGUCUCACAAAGCGAUAAGGCUGACUGCUGUUUUAUUUAGUGUUGUUAGUCACGAAAUAUGACAGAAUAUUUAUUGCCCGAAAAAAGAAGAUUUAAAUAAAAAAAAAAAAAAAAAAAAAAAAAAAAAAAAAAAAAAAAAAAAAAAAAAAAAAAUAAUAAUAAUAAUAAAAUAAGAAUCAAUAAAGAGUUUUUUGCCACUGUACCCUAUUCGACCACCAAACCCUUUUUACGACUGAAAUUACAUAAUUAAAUACAUUUUCGUGUUUAGAAUAUCAGGAAGGAAGGAAAUGUUUUAUUUAACAACGCACUCAACACAUUUUAUUUACCGUUAUAUGACGUCGGACAUAUGGUUAAAGACCACAC